AGAUGAGUGGCAGUCAGAAAAGGAAGAGUUAUGCUCCUACAGUGGAGCAGCUUAAUGCAGACUUUUUGACACAGCUUGGCAGUCGAUUUUGGGCUCCAAAUAGUCCUACACCACACUUGGCCUAUGAUCCAAAGGUGAUUGAAGAUGUUUACAAGAAAGAACUCUUGAAGAACAAGUUUGCUGCGCGUCGUAUCAUGGUGCUCGAGUUCAGCCAAUAUCUUGAAAACUACUUAUGGCCAAACUAUGACUCUGAAAAGUCAAGCUCCAGUCAUCUGAUUUCGAUUGCAGUCAUGAUAAAUGAGAAAUUCAGAGAAGGUGUUCCAGCAUGGGAGGCUUGCAAGAAGAAACCUGAGCAAUUUCCAGCAUUCUUCCACCAAGUUCUAAAGCUAACCUUGGGUGCCAUAAAGGAUCUUACUAUAUCACUGAGAGAACGGACAGUACUCCUCAUCUUCCUCAUUCAUUGUUUCAACAGUCUGGAAGUUGAUGUGAUACGAGAGCAAGUUCAGAGGCUGGUAUCCCUUCCAAUGUGGGUGUGUCUUCUACCGGGAAGACUAGAAACAGAGCUGAAAGCCUAUCCCAAAUACAAGAAAUUUUGGAAUAUCAUCAAGAAAAAUGACGCCAAACAAGAUGAGGAGACAAAGAAGAGGAAUGACUUUGAGCGGAGAUUUCUUGCUGAGUUGAUUCAGCUUUUCUACACGAUACUUGAUUCCAUUCCAGAGGAAGGUGAUGCACCAAUGGACAAGGUUCAUUUCUGUGAGCGCUUUGUUGAGAUGAUGGUAGACUUAGAGGCUCAAUUACCAACAAGGCGAUUUUUCAAUGCUGUCAUGGAUGAUGCCCAUGUAGUUGUACGAUGUCGGCUCUCAGCACUAGCAAAGAGGAAUGAAGGCAAGCUAUUCAGUGAGUUACUGGACAUGUUAACAUUCUAUGCUGGAUUUGAGAUCAAGGAUUCAACAGGAACAGCUCUUACAGAUCAUGAAAUGACUGAUAUACACUAUGACAGGAUUAGCUCUCUACAGAGAGCAGCAUUCAAGCUGUUUCCAGAGCUGAAGAGAUUUGCAUUGUCAAAUGUUGCCAGUAUUGACACACGAAAAACAUUGACCAAGCAUUUUACACAGCUAAGUGCAUCUGACUUACAUCGUUUUGCUGCUUUCUUGCAUCUGCUGCAUCCUCUUGGUGAAGAUGAUGAAACCACGGUAGAGAAGACUUUCCUUUUAGAUCUCAUGGUGUCCCAUCAUGAGAGAAGGAUAUCUCAAAUACAGUCUUUGAAUGAGACACCACUCUACCCAACAGAAGAAAUCCUAUGGGAUGAGAAUGUGGUUCCUACUGAGUUCUAUUCGGGUGAAGGUGGUCUUGCCCUUCCUAAAUUGAAUCUUCAGAUGCUAACUCUUCAUGACUACCUACUCAGAAACUUUCAUCUCUUCAGACUAGAGUCCACAUAUGAGAUAAGGCAGGACAUAGAGGAUGCUGUACUAAGAAUGAAACCCUGGAAGGCUGAGGAUGGGAGCUGUUUCUUUGGAGGGUGGGCUCGUAUGGCACAGCCGAUCACAUCAUUCUCUGUAGUUGAGGUUUCAAAACCCAACAUUGGUGAGAAUCACCCAGCAAGUGUAAGAGCUGAUAUUACUUUGACUCUUAACCUCCGUGAGCAUAUCAAGUCAGAAUGGGAAUCUCUUCGGAAGCAUGAUGUUGCUUUCCUUGUAACUCUCCGACCAACCAAGAAGAUUGGUAGUCAUUUCACCAAUAAAGAGCAUUUCAUUGAUCAGGUUGGACUUGCUUACAUCAGAGGUUGUGAGGUAGAAGGCAUGUUGAAUGAGAAAGGAGAAGUGAUUGAAGAAGGUCCAGAACCCAAGCCUGAUCUACCAGGUAUCACUAGAACCUACAGAGUAUGGCUAGACCCUAACCAAUACCAGAAGGACAUGGCCAAGACAGCUUCCUCUGGGUCUGAGGAUGCUUAUGAGAGCUUUAAUAUCAUGAUGAGGAGGAAGCCAAAGGAAAACAAUUUCAAGGCUGUUCUGGAGACUAUCCGAGACCUGAUGAAUACUGACUGUGUAGUACCUGACUGGUUACAUGAUAUUCUUCUAGGGUAUGGGGAUCCAGGAGCAGCUCAUUACUCCAAGAUGGCCAAACAGAUUUCAACUUUGGACUGGAACGACACAUUUUUGAAUGCUGACCAUCUUAGGGCUAGCUUCCCAGACCAUAUGGUCAAGUUAAUAACCGAUGACCCAGCCAAAUUAGUGCCUCCUUUCAGGAUAACAUUUCCAGAAGCUGAGAAAGGAGGUUCUACAGGAAAGAAACGUAAGGUGGAUGACACCACUCCGAUGAUAGCCAAGAAGGAAAUCAUCGUUGAACCUCACAUCAUUCCUAACAGAGGCCCUUAUCCAUACAACCAACCAAAAAAGAAUGCCAUCCAGUUUACUCCAACACAGAUAGAAGCAGUCAGAGCGGGCAUGCAACCAGGUCUUACAAUGGUUGUUGGACCCCCUGGAACUGGUAAGACAGAUGUUGCUGUUCAGAUUAUCUCCAACAUCUAUCAUAACUUCCCAGAGCAGAGGACUCUUAUAGUCACACAUUCUAACCAGGCUUUGAAUCAGUUGUUUGAGAAGAUCAUGGCUUUAGAUAUCGAUGAAAGGCAUUUAUUGAGGUUGGGUCAUGGUGAAGAGGCGCUCGAGACAGAAAAAGAUUUCAGCAGGUAUGGCCGUGUGAACUAUGUCCUUGGCCGUCGUCUUGAGCUGCUCAAAGAGGUAGAGAGAUUACAGGAGAGUCUUGGAGUUCCUGGUGAUGUUGCAUACACCUGUGAGACAGCUGGUCACUUCUAUCUGUAUCAGGUGGUAGCACGAUGGGAGAAGUUUCUGAGUAAGGUCAAGCCUAAGGGAGGCAAGGAGGUUGGAGUAGAAGACAUUGUCACUCACUUCCCUUUCCAUAAGUUCUUUGAGAAUGCCCCACAACCAGUCUUCAAAGGGGAGACCUAUGCUCAGGGCAUGGACAUUGCAGAGGGUUGUUAUCGCCAUAUCAAGAAGAUCUUCCAACAGCUUGAGGAAUUCCGAGCAUUUGAGCUAUUGCGGAGCGGGAAAGACCGAUCCAAGUACCUGCUCAUCAAGGAAGCCAAGAUCAUCGCAAUGACAUGUACGCAUGCUGCCCUCAAGAGGCGAGACUUGGUCGAUGUUAGAUUCCAGUAUGAUAACAUCUUGAUGGAAGAAUCUGCUCAAAUAUUAGAGAUUGAAACCUUCAUCCCUCUGCUCCUUCAGAAUCCUGAGGAUGGUUUCAAUCGGUUGAAGCGAUGGAUCAUGAUUGGUGAUCAUCAUCAGUUGCCACCGGUCAUCAAGAACAUGGCCUUCCAGAAGUUCUCUAACAUGGAGCAAUCUCUCUUCACCCGGUUUGUCAGGUUAGGUGUCCCUACUGUUGAUCUGGACGCACAGGGUAGAGCAAGAUCAAGCAUUGCUACUCUCUACAACUGGAGGUAUCGUAGCCUAGGCAACCUGCCUCAUGUGAAUAGGAUGCCUGAGUUUCAGACUUCAAACCCAGGGUUGGCAUUUGACUAUCAACUCAUCAAUGUAGAUAAUUUCAACGGGGUCGGUGAAUCAGAACCCAAUCCUUACUUCUAUCAGAACCUGGCUGAAGCUGAGUAUGUGGUGGCACUCUUUAUGUACAUGAGAUUGCUGGGAUACCCGGCAGAGAAGAUCAGUAUCCUCACUACAUACAAUGGUCAGAAGCAUCUAAUCCGUGAUGUCAUCAACAAACGAUGCUCAGACAAUCCACUGAUUGGUCAACCUCACAAGGUGACAACAGUAGAUCGUUUCCAGGGACAACAGAAUGACUACAUUCUUCUCUCUCUCGUGAGAACAAAGGCAGUUGGACACAUCAGAGAUGUGAGAAGACUUGUUGUGGCCAUGUCUAGAGCUAGACUUGGUCUUUAUGUCUUUGCCAGGGUGUCGCUCUUCCAGAACUGCUUUGAACUAUCACCAACAUUCCAAAAUCUGAUGUCGAGACCAAUUCACCUCCAUCUUGUUCCAUCUGAGACCUACCCACCACAAAGAAAGGCUGGGCAACCUGUACAAGGUCGUGUGAUGGUGAUUGAAGAUAUGCCUCAUAUGGCUCAGUUUGUAUUUGACAUGUACAAUGAUGGUAUGCAAAGAAUGCAUGCACAGAUUGGGCGCCAAAGAAGAAUGGAACGUCUUGCCAAGCCUCCAGUGUCUUACAAACCCCCUCCAAAGAAGGUGGAAGAACCCAUGGAGACUAAACUAGAUGAAGAAGCCAAUAAAGAGGUGGUAAAUACUGAGGAGGAAGUGGACCAUUCCAAGAUGCCAGAACAUCCAGGGGAGAGCAGCAGUGAAUCAGAAGGGGAGGAGGAGGAUGAGAAGAAGGAUACACAGGAAGUGAAAGAGCAGGUAGAGACAACUGUGGAGAAAGAGAAAUCAGAUACGAUUGAAAAGAUGGAUGAAACUUAACAGCUUGUGAAUAUAUACGGUGUGAUGACAUUCAACAGGAUACAACAAGGAUGGCCACAAAAUCAAUGAUUAUGAUGAUGACUAACUAUUACCAAGUCAACUGAGGCUCUUAUCAGUUCUUUAGGGACUGAGGAAAAUUUUACCUAUGCCUUUGAUGCAUACAAGGUUAAUUUAGAGCAUUGUGCCAUCCGAGGAGUUUGGUACAAAUGGGCCUAAAAAGAUCAUGCUUGGUUGUACUCUUUAACUGCUCUUUGACUCUUUUAAUAUGCUAUAUAAAAUUGAGAUCUGUUGGCUCAUACUGCCUUAAUUUGAAAUCAGAUAACAACUGACAUAUUUACUGAAAUUCAGUUUUUAAUGUGUUUAUGUAUUACAUAUUAAUUUUUUCCUUCACGGAAAAAAAGGUAUUGUAUGAAACACUUAUGCUUUGAGAUAUUGCUAGUUAACCAUCUUGGUAAUGCAUUGUAGCCUGAGUAAAUCUCAGAAAUUUUUUUACUCUUUUGCAGUAAAUUAUACUAUUGUUACUUGCUACCAAAGUAAGGCAGAUUAUGUUAUACAUGAACAUUGUGACUUUGGGUAAUAAAAUGCUUGAUGAAAGAAAAAAAUAUCAACAAGCUCUUCACAUGCCAAAAUAAGCUCACAUCUAUGGACUUUGUUUAUGUGAUUUGGUUAGUCAAUUUUUACAUUAAAAAAAGAUUAAGUAAAAAGGGGCAAAUAAGCUACAAGCUUUACAUCUCUACAUCCAAGUAAAAGUAAAGUAAACAAAAAUCAGCUUAAUUUUUACAAGCUCACUAAGGCUAGCAGUGUGCUCUCAUAAGGAUCAUGUUCACCUUCUUUUCCUUUGUUCAUCAUAGUUUGAUAAAUCUUUACAAAGAUUUAGUAACCAAUACAAUGCAGAUAUUCGGGCUUCCAUCUGCUUUGUGCUCACAUCACUGAUCUGUUGUUGAUGAGAUUGAUAUAAAUACAAUGUGCUGCAAGAUCCUCAUUAGGAUCAUGGUUUCAGGAUAAUUUCAAUUUCAAAUCAGUGAUAUAAACAUAACUACAUUUAAUCACAUUUUAAGAUUAAACCCUGAAUUGCAUUUCAUUACUGUAUAUUAACAUCCCUAUAAUGUAAUCUGUUUUCAAUAAAUUCUCCAGAACAAAAUCCUGUAACAGUUAUACUCUCAAAUGUCAAUGGUUUUUAAUGUUAAAGUCUAUAUCAGUCGACCUUCUAUGAUAUUUCAGACUGGAUUAUUUGAAAUGUUUGAAACUGAACAGAUUUCUUCGGUCCAAAUACCUGGUAAAUGGACAUCUGCAGAGUUACCUGUAUAUCAGAUGGUUAGAAGAGUAGGUUUAAUGGCAUGUAUUUUCUCGCUGGCUGUGAUUGUGUUUGCAUGCAUUCACAUCAUGUUUGACACAAUUGUACAAAUACAUAUUCACUAUGAGGAUGUUUAAUUUUCCUAAGUCAGAAAUACCUUUUUAUUUUCAAGUACUUGUCUCACCAUUUAUUGUCACCAGCAUGUGGUGACACAUUUGUAGAAACUAGAAAGUCAUAACAAUUUCUAUUUUGUUGAUAGAAAACAUUAUUUUGCUCUUAACCAUUAAAGAGCCACCCUUUUCCUGUAAUUUUUCUAUAAACAUCUGUUUUUGGAAGAAUAAAAUGUCCCUGGCUCUUAUCUUCAAUUCUUAGAUGCAUCUUUUAUGAAACAGAAACAAGUCUUUAUAAAAUCUAUAGCGUCUGAACAGAUGCUAAAAUUGUUUAUACUUGGGGCCUAGUUAUAAACAUGGUAACAUCUUUCCCAACAUGGCCCUAAAUACUGCAGUAUUUUUCAUGAUUAUGAUUUUUAAAAGUUAUUAUAUCAAGCCUUGAAUUGUCAAACCAUUGUACAUAUUACCUUUUGUACGUAGGAUGGAAAUAAAAUCAAUUUUUUAGUACAAA